ACUUCCAAAUUCGUGAAAGAAAUUUAACAGUUUCAGAUCUGCAUCGGUUAGACAAUAGUAUUAUACUUUGCUUUAUUAGCAUAACAACUUCAUUAGCCACUGAAAACCGAGAGAUUUCUUGUGGGAACUGAAGACAAACACGAUUUGUGGGUUGGAAGAUAAAAAUUGCGUUACCUGAUUUUAACUAAAUCGACAGUCGUGGCUCUCCAGCUAAACUUCAAAUCAUAGCUAAAUUAAGGAGAUUGAGGAGAGCAAAAUAGCUAUUGCUGGUUUCUGGAUCACUGAGACAAGAAGAAAGAGUUAACCUUCGGCGGAGUAAACAAAUCGACAGUGAAGGCUAAAUUGAAUAUACUGUGUAUACCCCUCCACAUAGACCAGAAAAUUUCACACUAUCAAAGUAGUAAUCUUGAAGAAGACAUCUAAUUGUUUAUGCAUUUAAACUCAGCCAUCCUCUACCUAUAAGGGACCUAUGGUUGUCUGGGUGAUUCAGUUAAAAGCACUUUGUCGAUCGCCUACAGAUUUUGUAUCACACUCUUAAGAAAACAUCUUUUGGCGCUCAGUGGAAAUAAGGUUGGAUCCCUAAAGCCAUUUUGAGGACAAUAUCUUUUCUUUCCUGUGACAGAAAGAGAGCGAAUCGAACAUUUGAUAACCACAGAAUAAGACUGAGCAUUGAGAAACCAGAAAGUGCAAAGAACUGAAGUACUCGCUCAGCAAGACGAACGACGAACCUCUGAAGCUUGAAAAAACAGCCGCUCUUGGAAAGUUGGAAGAUUCGAAUCAAUAGACGACAUCAGUGAUACAGACAGGUGUAGUUGUGCCUGGAGGUCUUGUCAGAGCAAGACAUCUACGUCACCUCAGCGUCAGUAAGCUUCGAACUCUACGAUGAACAAUAAAGCGGUUAUCUCCAUUUUGCUCUUAUUUGUCGUGAUCGGGUUAGUGUGGUGUAACGGUGCCAAUAAGACGGAAAGCUGUAACGGCACCAAUGUGACAAAUAAGACAACAUACUCUAAUAGCACCGAGAAGAAGAAGCUAUUCAUUGCAGUACUCGAUAAAAAAGAAUCCGACGUUCACGCCGUAGAACCCGGUAUACAACUGGCGAUCGAAGUUGCCAAGAACUCUUCAGAAUUUAAAGAUUUCCUGGACAAGUAUGAAAUAAUAACCAAAGUGUACUACACAAAUGGUAAAGAAGCAAAUGCCAUAGUUACCGCUAUACAUGUACUGAGAUAUCACUCAAAGGUGGAUGGAUUUGCCUUGAUUCUACUUGGUCCUCAAACUCCUCCCGAAGCUUCCUCGUUAUUGAAACUUGCACGAUUCUACAGAAAGCUUAUGGUAACGUACCUAACCACAACGCCCAGCUACCAGGAAUUAAAAGAUCCUUACGGGUUUACGUUUGCACCAUCAGCUUUUACUUUCAAUAAAGCUGUCAAAAGCAUAUUAAAGUUCUUUAAAUGGAAAAGAGCCGCCUUGGUGUACGACUUUCUAGAGGCAGACGGUCUCUAUGUCAAGACUGUGAGUAACCUGAUAGAGAAAGCAGACUUUGAAGUUAUUGGAUUUGAAGCAAUAAAUACUGGUGAAAUCAGCCCUGAAGAGGACGUCAACGUAGAUAUCCAAGUUAAACUGAAAAAACUAAAGGACUUGGAUGCUAAAAUAUUCUUUGGUGCUUUCAAUGGAAGAGGAGCUAGUCUGGUGUUUUGCAACUUGUACAAAAUGGGCAUGUAUGGACCAGAGUUUGUGUGGAUCCUGCACCCUGACGCGGAGACCGUCGAUGUAUGGAAUUUCUAUGCCGCAACCGAGAGGUUCAAGAACAAAACCGGGACAUGUACAAAAGAAGAGUAUGAAGAAGUAGCAGACAGAACUAUUAUCCUAGACAAAAAAAUUUUAUAUCGGACGGAUAAUAAUACCAUUACUGCAUCUGGUCUGUCAUUACGCCAAGCGUUCAUGAUGAAAGGCUUCGAAAACAAGAAAGAAUCUAAGAAGAUCGAGUUUACAACUGCCUUUGACACCAUGUGGUCCAUCAUGCUAGCUUUAAAGGAGGCAAAUGCUGAAGAAUUUCCUCUGGAAUAUAAUGUAGAAAAUUUUUUUGGGGAUGAUACCAUAUCAAAAACUAUUGUAUCAAAACUGGGAAAUGUGUCCUUUGAAGGACUUACGGGUCCAAUAUCGUUUGAUCCCGACGAGGACUACAGACAAGGGAUAAUAGGAGUGAAGCAAUACAGAACUAGCGAAAAGGGUCUUGUACAAAUUGGAAGACAUGACACAAAGAAAGAUAAGUUUGAGUUGUUCAACAGCACCAAUGUAUGGAAAGAUGGUUUUACGCCUUACGACAGUUCACAGAAAAAAUUGGAGCCGCAAGCCGUUGCUAUUGAACUCUAUAUUGUAUUUUCAAUCGCUUCAUCCAUUGGAAUCCUGUUGGGGAUAAUGUUUCUGGUGUUUAAUCGAUAUUAUCGCAAGUACAGGUUUAUCCGGCUGUCUGCACCACUAUUUAAUGAUGUCAUGGUCGUGGGCUGCAUCAUGUGUCUUAGUACGGUGUAUUUAUUUGGUAUAAGAAAUUAUGGCGAUCCAAAAACAAUCAUGCCUCCUAUCUGCAAGGCCCGAGCGUGGAUUUUGAAUGUUGGGUUUUCAUUGGCCUUCGGAGCCAUGUUCAUCAAAACGUGGCGAAUUUACAAGAUUUGUACCAACAAGCGCCUAAAAGUUCGCCUCGGUCCUUUGUCCGAUUGGUGGAUGCUUGCAAUGGUUGGUGGGAUCGUUUUAAUUGACGUGGGUAUCAUGGUUGCGUGGGAAAUCGAAGACCCCCUGGAGUGGGCUCAGCAAAACUUUACUGAGAGGAAAGACGAAGAGAAACCCUUUAUCAUCAUUAUACCAACGCUGAACACCUGUACCGCCAAGAACUUGACGGUAUGGUUGGCUUUGAUCUACGUAUACAAGGGCGUUUUGCUACUGUAUGGACUCUUCCUUGCUUACGAGACAAGAAACGUGGUGUAUGCUCAUCUCAACGACUCUCGUGUCAUUGGCAUCUGUGUGUAUAACGUAGUUGUGUUGUCCACCAUCGGGGCAUUUCUGGCGCUGAUUCUGAACAAUCAUCAAUACGAGCAAUUGUACGCCGCCUUGAGUGUGUGUAUUAUAUUUCCAGCCACAGUUACCAUAUCCUUAAUUUUCAUCCCAAAGCUAAUACAUCGGAUGAAAAUGAGCUCCCUCGAAGAUGAGGCAGGAGAAUCAACGACAAACACCAGAACCUUUAAUCGGCCGUCCAUUGACAUAACCAGUACUUGCGGUUAUGCCACUGAGAUGGGUAGAGAGAGAUACGUUGAUGCUUCUUCAGCGAACGGCAGCGUUAACACGCUUUGUGUGUAUCAAAACGGAGAUGCUGGACUUUCUCCUGCUCCUUCACCGAAACCACCCACGAAAUUCCAAGAAAUAUCGCCUAAAACUCUCGAAGAUUGAGGGUAUAGUACGAUAAUAAAAAGAAGGAUUUAAACGUCGCCAUGUGACAACGAAAAUUCAACUCACCUUUAACUCUCGGGCUAUUGGUAUUUCUAGAAUUUUUUAAGAGAAUUAUCGCGAGGAGGAAGACAUGCCCACGUCCCAAAAUUGCUUUGAAGUUUAUCCACAAGUACGGAGGACAACCCGUCCUGGAGAAGUCGGUUGUUAGGAUAUUGUGUUGCCACUGAGCCUUCAUGAGUGCGAAACUGUUCAAACUGAUUACUGAUGACAAAGCACAGUGGAUACAUCUCACCGAAAAAAUGAAUUUCGGACAGAAGUUGUGAAAUCCGAAGUUGUGGGUGUGUGUCAACCUCAAGGGAUGUUACGUGAAGAAAAAACUCGUAAACUUCACACGCUGGUCUCGCAAUUUUAAAAACUUCUACGGUUCUUCAAGUAAAUAAACGCAGGAAAUUUGUGGAAAUACUUUUAGAUCUUUGAACUGAAGAAAGCUGGAACUGCUACGUAGAACAUUUUGUCUUAGCUGUUUUUAGGUGCUGGAUCUCACUUGAAAUACUCUCAAUGGUCUAUCUUUAAAAAAUUUUGAAGAAUUUUAAAUAUUGACCGUAGUGCAACUGUAUUUAAAUGAAAAUAUACAGUUGUUAUUAUCAUCAUCAACAUCAGUGUCAUUAUUGUUAUCAUUAUCAUCAUUAUUAUUUAUUAUCAGUAAUUUGUGUGAAUUAGAGUGAGCUACAGCUUUAUAGAUAACCACGGUAAGCAUAUCGACAAAAACAAUAAGUUUGAGUCUGUUGAAAACAUCGUCAAGGCGUUCACGUACACUGAAAAGCAGAGAGAGAAGGUCCUUGAGACCCUCUGCUUAUUUCUGGAACUUAUUCAAUCGGAAUUCAGUGUAGUGUGUACAUUUUAAAACGUGGUUCGGCCACCAUGCCGACUGAAUCUUGCAAGUUCGUAGAGCCAUUUCAUAGCUUGUGCAUCAUAAAAAAUUAGCACAUGUUACCUUUAACUAAGGGCAGGAGAUGAAGCUCUUGAAGAGACGUGAGUCUUCCUUUUUACCAGGAGAGUCAUUUGUAAAUUGUUCUUAAUAAAAACUUGAAAUCAA